AUGGAGGAGGAUAUGGUGUUGCGGUAUGAAGUAGAAGCCCAGCGGGACGCCAAUGAACCUACCAAUUGGGCGGCAAUUUCGGAAAAGUUACCCCAUCGAAGCAAUAAGGAUUGUCGCAAACGUUGGCUCAAGACAGUGGAAGUGUACCGCAAAGGGCCGUGGACGGCGGAUGAGGAUCAACGGCUGUUGGCUGCAAUGGACACAUAUGGAACACGGUGUGAAACCAUCCCCCAUAAGACAUGCCUUCCUCCUUCGCUCUACACCGAAUGA